AUGCCAUCAAGGACAUAUUUGGCAUUCAGCCAUCAACGGUAUACAAGUCUUAAAUGUGUAAGAAAUUUGGACACAUGGUGUCCUCACUGUUCAGGUAAUGCAAAAAUUUCCAUUGAAGAAGCUAGAAAAAUCGCGACUAAAAAUAAAGGAUUAUGUCUUUCUGAAACGUAUAAUGGUGCACAUACAAAAUUAAAAUGGCAGUGUGAAAAAAAGCAUGAAUGGUAUGCAACCGUGGAUAAAGUAAAAAAUUUAGAUAAACGGUGUCCAUUUUGUCCAUAUAAGAGACAAGAACUCUGCAAGGAAAUAGUGAUGAAAUUAUUAGGCCCACCAUCUGAUAUACGUAGACCAUAUUUCUUAAAAACUCCUGAUCAUCCGUUAGGGCUUGAACUUGAUGUAUACUAUCCACAGUACGAUUUUGCUGUCGAAGUUCAAGGUAUACAACAUGAAUGCUUCCAUGCUUUCUUUCACAAAAACCAAAAGGAUUUUGAAAAGCAGUUUGCACGGGAUCAGCUAAAAAAAGAACAUUGUGAUAAAAAUCGGAUAUUACUUAUCAAAGUAUGGUAUUAUGAAGACCUUUAUUUAGUGAUCCCUCGAAGACUUAAAGAUCUUGGUCUUAUUUCUUAA